AUGAACACAGAGAGCCAAGCUAUUGAUUUAAACAGAAAAAUAUUAAAAUCCAGUUUAACGAGAUAAUUCACGAGAUCUCCAACGAGAUCAAGGAAAAGAAUCAUUUCAUUACCUCCAAAUUAAAACAACGAAAUAUUAGCUACCACAAAGAGAGUCCAAGAGAAGUAUUUAUUUUAUUUAUCAGUGUUGUAAGGUUUGAUCUGUUUGACCAUCAGAGAAUUGAAUGGCCUGUGUUUGAACACCUGUCGAUACACCAAAGCCAAAGAAGAAAAAAAAUAUUUUCUUAAUAACAAAUAUUUUGAUUCUUGUUUUAAUGCAAUGAAUAAAAGGAAAUUCCAAUUAUUUAAUAAAUGA